GGGACAGUCAAAGAUUUAGGAGAGUGAAUUGAUCACAUGGUUUAGGACACCCUGCCCAUCAGCCUCAUGAGAACAUCUGCUUUCUACAGAUACUGAGAUAGUCACAGGAAAUCAUUGAACAGUUAGAGGUCAGCACCAGAUGUCUCUACCAUGGCCAAGGAGAAUUCUUCCGCUUGUCCUUGUUGUUGUAACUACGUGGUGUGUUGGGCUUGGAGAAGAACAGAUCUGCCCUUCCACUUGCCAGUGCCUCCUCCAAACGAUGGCAUGCAAGGGAGGUAACCUCGCAGAUGUUCUCACCAAAGUUCCACGGCAGACGUUCAGCCUGGACAUUUCUGCUGCAAAGUUUGCAUUCCAGUUGGAACAUCAGCAUUUUAAUCAAUGCCAAGCAAAAUACACCAUCCAAGAUUUGACACUUAGAGGAAGCCAGAUAAGCAGAAUCGGUGAAAAUGCAUUUACAGCAUUGGUCAACCUAAGAAAACUCAAUCUCAGUCAUAAUUCCAUUGGCGAAAUGGCUAGUACAUCACUACAAAGCGUGCGUGGUUUGACAGAGCUUGACUUGUCCAACAACCGACUGACAUCCUUCGAUAUGGCAUUCUCGAGUCAGAGUUCACUGACAUAUUUAAAUCUUGCUCAAAAUCGUCUUGGUACGAUACGAUCAGGAUCCUUCCAGUCAUUAUCGCGUCUGGAGACACUCAUUUUAGAUGGCAACAAGUUGUCCGCUCUUCAAGGUCACACAUUCCAAGGACUCCAGAGCCUUCGUCACCUUAGCAUGCAGCGGUGUGGAAUUCAUCACAUCCCUAAAGACUUGUUUUACAUCAUCCGAAAGCUUCGGACUCUCGAACUUCAGUCCAAUUUUAUUCGUGUCAUCCCCAAUUCACAAGACUUGCGCAACUUAGCUUUCCUACAGAAAUUGAAUUUGGAUAACAACCAAGUUACAGAACUGGGGGAUCUUCAGUUUGGAAGCAUACCCAUAGACAGUUUAAGUCUUUCACAUAACCAAAUCCAUAAAGUACCAGUCAAUACAUUUAAAUACUUUAAUGCCAAAUACGUAGAUCUCUCUUUUAAUCGUAUAAACUGGCUACCUCCUAGGACAUUUCAUCCAUUGGCUCCAGAGAUGACUCAUCUGAAUUUGGCAGGGAAUUCAUUAUCAAACAUUCCAAAUGGAGUUUUUCAAGGUUUGUAUAGAUUACAACAUUUAAAUCUAUCACGAUGCAACAUCAUGUCCCUACCACCCAAUGAUUUUACCUCUUUGCAACAACUGCGUGUUUUGGACAUUUCGGAGAACAGGCUACAAAAUCUCUCUUGGGAAGUGACCGCUCAAAUGAGGUCUUUGGCUUUAGUUAACAUUCAAGGAAAUCCAUGGCACUGUGACUGUUACAUUCAGCCAUUGCGUGAUUGGUUGAACGAUUAUUCGAAUCAGCAGAGAAUGGCAUGUUCUCAGUCGGGAGAUACAAAGAGCAGCAAUUCCAGAAACUGCUGGGAACAGAGAUGUAGUAGUCCUGAAGAUAUGCAGGAGUUAAUAAUUCAGCGCCUGGCUGACCAGCAGGUGGCGCUUUGUGCGACAUCCACAUCAUCAGCAGGGUUGUCCCUUGAUAACAUCAUCAUCAUGGUUAGCGUGAUAAUCGUCAUGGUGUCCGUCUCCAUUUCUGUUAUCGUCAUCAUGUGGAAAAAGCAGUGCUUCAAGAAGAUUUUCAAACACAAAGUGAAGAAUGUGAAGCAGCCUCCUUAUCAACCGUACACGAGUGACCAAGUCUCUGUUGAUCUCGGGUCCAUUAACGAAUCUGAUCGAGGAUUUCCGCUUCGGACUUACAUGCAAGCCCUUGAGGCAAUGAAUGGUCAGUUUUACGAUAUCACCCCAACAGACUCUAAUCCCCGCAGUUCCGACCAGUAUAACGGUGGCAGUGAUUUUGCUGUGGAAACGCAGUCCCGCACCUGUUCGUCACUUCAUUCCACCAUUGUGGUGGGCAGAGAGUCUGCAGUCUAGUCAUAUGAUCAUUGCCUAUAGCAUUCAUGCCUUUAUGAUAUUACUCCCCGUGAAUCAAAACUGUUACUUGAUGACAAACAAUUAAUAGGAUAUCUUGUGAGAAAUAUAUAUUUGGAGAGAAACACAAGACAAAGCAUAUAUGUACAUGUGUACACAAGAAUUUUUAUAUUUAUCUAAAACCAACCGUGGAGUAAAUCACCUAUAAUUUCAUGGAAUUUUCGGAACUAAUUAAUGACAUGUUAUAUUGAUAUUCUGGUGAAAGAUCAAGUGGAAUUUUCACCUGAUUUACAGUCGAUACGCUGGAAGUUUAAGUUAUUUUUCACCAACCAUUUUCCGGAGUGUACUUCAUUUCAUACAGCUGGGGGAUUAGUUGUUGAAAAAAUUCCAUUAAAUUGUAGUUGAUUUACUGCAUGCAUGAAAGCCAGUAUCUAUGCCACGGAAGGAAAACAAUUCUCAUAACACAGAUGUAUUAUUACAGAAAAAGAAAUUUUCAUCACUCCAUGCACUUGAAGGAAAUGGGACAGUCAUAACCUAGCUACCAUACCCAAAAUAUAAACUGCAUACAAACAGCUAGAUAAACCAAAGCUACCAUACCACUCUUCAGCUGUACCAUUUUAUCAUUUGUACAUGUAUAUACAAGCUAAUAGAGCAGUUUUGACACUGGCCUGUUUGUAUACACCGUUAUACACAGUCAAAUUGCUGUUCACAGGACAGUUGGGGGAGGGCGAGUAACCUCUGGGCAUGCUGGGGGUAGAAAUUUAAGGGUGAUGAGCACUAAAGGGGUGGUGCAAGUAGGUUGAAUUGACCUCAGAGGUCACAAGGCUCAACGAUGCAAAAAACAGGCACCUGAUGUCAAACGAAGUCACAUCAUACAAACUAUAUAUUAAAAAAAAGUCAUGUAUUAAAUGCAGUUUAUAUGGCCAACAACCAGGCUGAAAUUUUGUUUUGUCGUCAGCUCCAAUUUCAAGUUAAAAUAGAUGGUCUGCAUCUAACAGGUUGUUUAUAAAGUGUCUGUAUAUUUAAAUAAGACUGGCAUUCCACAGGGUGAACAAUACUGUUCAAUAUUAUAUAGAUCAACCAAACAAAGCAAACAAAAAUGAAUCCUGUGAAUCUGGGAAGAACAUAUAAACAAUUAUGGCAUAAAUAUGAGGAAUUUUUGAUACUGAGGCAUUAUGCAUUCCCCUCUCACAAUGAGAAAAACUGUUAUGUUUUAAUAACUAAUGUAUAAAUAACCGGUUCCUAUCAUUAAUAUUCAAUUCAAGUAUCCUACAAAUUUAAUGCUGCGUGGAAUGGUGUAAAAUCAGAAGGCAGACAAAUGCUCUGAGUCUCAGCCAAAAGCAGCUAGCUCACCAACACAGUUAUCUAUUUUAACAGAUUUGAAAUCCUUAACAAUCUUACUUACGUUCAUAUUUUUUAACAGUAAUUAUUUAAAGGAAUCUGAGUAAAGGCCACAAUUUGAUCCUACAGAUCACCUUCAAAACAUGUUUUCCUCUUCCCGCCAUCACUACAUGAUAGGCAUAUACAUGUAUGUGACAACAUUCUCUGAGGCGUAGAUUGUUUUAAAAGUCUGACCUUUAAAUCAGUGGCCAGCCCAGAAACUGAGCAAUAUGUGAUACUCAUAAACAUGUACAUUGUCUCCCAAAUGUCAAAGUACUGUACCUCACCUGUCUCUAAUAAAAAAGGGUUUUAGAGGGUGCAUGUACAUAUAUAUAUAGCAAUGUAUAAAGUCCUGGGGACUCUUGCACAAAGCACCUGUAAGCUAAGUUGAUUGUAAUGACCAUAUUAAACACAUGUGUGGCCAAGGUAGUUGAAGUCAACCCUCACUUUGUGCAGGGGGGCCCUGUUUACUUUUUUGCUUCCUAAAACUAAGAAUAUCACAGCAUAAUGUUCUGACAAGAUGAAGAGCAGAGCUCAGCCAUAACCCAGGUCUUAAACAUGUACUCACGAAUACAUCUUAUUUUUAAAGUUUCGCUUUGUAAUUUAAUACCUAACCAGUUUGCAUUAUUGGUCUGGCCAAUAAAAAGCUUACUUAAUUCUUUUACAGAGGAAAUCUUAUAACUGUCUUUCAAAAUGAAGCCUUCAAAGAGGAGAUGCAAGAAAAAUUUUCCUUACAUAUUUCUAUGAAUUCCAAGAGGAAAUGUCAGUUGCGUGAAAGUGGUCAAAUAAACGUGAGUAAGGCCCUAGCUGGGGCCACAUCAUAAUCCUAGACUCAAAUCAAAAUUUCAAAUCAAUUUAAAAUAAUUAUUUCUUAAGAAACAAGGUUUGAAUAUUAUUGGACACCUUAAAUUCUGGAGUAAAGUUUGAAGAAAAAAUUACCGCUAAAAUAACAAAGGGAGAUACAUGUACCCACUUUAAAGACUAAAGUUUUAACUUGAGCGUAAGGUGGCAUAUACUACAUGUAAGCAUGCCAUCACUGAUGUUUCUAGGCUUUGGUUGUGUUGGCUUUGACCAUUCACUUUAUACGACAAGAAUUAAGACUGGAAUUGUGCAAAAUGUCAA